AUGUCCCGCUCGCUGGCUAACACGCUCGGCCGAAUAGACAACUUAGCCCCGCCGCGGAUGCCCUUGCUCUUGUCUGGAGAUCGCCGCCACGCGGCCCCUGCAGCCGACCUGUCCCAAACCUCGGCCGGCGUGCGGGAGUCGGAGACCAUGGCAUCCGUGUCGCGGGUUGCCACGGCCUCCAGCUCCAGCUCGCAGCACUAUGCUUUCCAGCUGGCCGCAGCGAGGGCUCUCGCAACCGAGGCUUCAUCCCGGAAUGCACGGAGCCAGGCGCCAUCUCCGGCCACUGCCCCUUCCUCAACGGUCCCAGCCGCUUUGGGGGCCGUACCAAGGGAAACCCUCUAUGUGCAAUCAGCUGCGCAGAGCGGUUCGAUGGUGCCGGCGAACGUGAGCUGGGCCGCCGCUCAGCUAGGACGAUCUGGUCCCGUGUUCACCCUGGCCGCUCCCAAGCCACAGGCGCCGGCUUUGGAGGUUUAUGGCCGGGACAUGACGGCCGAGGCCGGCAACACAGAUCCGGUGGUCGGGCGCGACGACGUGAUCGACCGCGUCAUCUGCGUCCUCUGCCGGCGCUCCAAGAACAGCGCCGUCCUCGUCGGCGCGCCUGGAGUCGGCAAGACGGCCGUUGCUGAGGGACUCGCGCAGCGCAUUGCGGCGGGGAAUGUCCCCGCCGCGCUCUCCGGCGCGCGCGUCGUGGAGCUCGACCUCGGCGCGGUGAUGGUGGGGACCACGGCGCGUGGCAUGGUCGAGGAGCGCGUCAGGAACGUCAUCAAGGAGGCCGAGGACGCCAACGGCAAGGUGAUCCUCUUUAUUGACGAGAUGCACUUGCUCCUCGGCGUUGGUGCUAAUCUGCUGAAGCCGGCGUUGGCGCGUGGCCGCAUCCGCUGCGUGGGCGCCACGACGUUCGACGAGCACCGCAAGUAUGUUGAGAGGGAUACUGCGUUUGAGCGGCGGUUCCAGAAGGUGCACGUCCCGGAGCCGAGUUUGGUGGCGACCGUUGCCAUUCUCCAGGGACUCAAGAAGAAAUUUGAAGAGCACCACAACACCAUAAUCCAGGACGCUGCCAUUUCAGCUGCGGUUCGGCUUGCCAACCGUUAUAUCACCGGUCGUCAAUUUCCUGAUAAGGCAAUUGAUGUUAUUGAUGAAGCAAGCGCUAUCACAAGGAUUCAAGCUGACAACCAGCUGAAAGGGAACAACACACAUCAUAGCCCUGUGGAUACUCUGAAGGAAGCAAUUGUUUGCCCAGAUCAAGUUGCACAGGUUGUGAGCCAAUUUACUGGCAUUCCUGUCAAUGCACUUGCCCAGGAUGAGAAGGUUAAGCUAAUGAACCUAGCAAAUAGAUUGCAAGAACGAGUUGUUGGUCAGGAAGAAGCAGUAAAUUUGGUUGCACAAUCAGUGCUAAGGUCAAGGGCUGGACUGGAUCAGCCUGGCCAACCAAUAGGCUCUUUUCUUUUCCUGGGAUCAACUGGUGUUGGCAAGACAGAACUUGCAAAGGCUCUUGCAGAACAGCUAUUUGACAGUGAGAAGAUGUUGAUCCGGUUCGACAUGACUGAGUUUGUUGGCAGUCACUCGGUGCUACGUCUCAUUGGAGCACCUCCUAGCUAUCAUGGCUACGAAGAAGGAGGACAACUAACCGAAAAAGUCAGGCAGCGGCCUUACAGUGUAAUCCUUUUUGAUGAAAUCGAGAAGGCCGAUCCUGCAACGUUUAAUGUUUUCCUCCAGCUCCUUGAUGAUGGUGUUUUGACUGACGGCAAAGGAAGAACUGUCGAUUUUAAGAAUACCAUCAUCAUUAUGACUUCAAAUCUUGGAGCUGAGUACCUAAUGAAAGCAAUGACUGGUGGAAAAUCAAUGGAGGCUGCACGUGAACUUGUCAUUAAGCAGGCAGAGAAACAUUUCAAACCUGAGUUCCUGAACAGGCUGAGUGAGAUUGUGAUAUUUGAGCCACUCUCACAAGAUAACCUGAGGGUGGUUGCUUAUGUUCAGAUGAAAGGCAUCAUUGCUCGUUUAGCUGAUAAGGGCAUCAAUAUAUCUGUAAGUGAAGCUGCAAUCGAUGUUGUCUUGUCAGAAUCAUACAACCCACUUUAUGGUGCAAGACCCAUAAGGAGGUGGCUGCAGAAGAAUGUGAUGACGAAGCUCUCUGAGAUGCUUGUCAAAGGAGAAGUAGACGCAGAUACUACUGUCAUCAUCGAUGCUUCUGAAGAUAUGAAAGAUCUGAGGUACAUAGUGAAGAAUGCGCGCUGCCCAUAUAAGAGGCCUCCAUUAGAGAUUUCUAGCGACUCCGACAGUGACAAUGACAUUGACCUUAAUGCUCCUAUAGAAAAGAAAAUGAAGUGGAUUUAG